ACGCUAUGAAACAACAAUGUGUUUACGGAUAUUCUGGAAACUUUGGGUUUUCAUCAGGUGAAGCACUGGACAAAUCAUGUUUGAACAAACGGUUGGUUGAAUUUGAUAUCAUGAGAAUUAAUACAACAAACUGGAAACAUAAUGGAUCAUGUCAAUACAACUGGUAUAAGUAUGGAGGAUGGACUGGAACAAGAGGCCUUGAUAUCCCAGAUAAGCUAUGGCAAUUUUCACCCAAUCGCCAACAAACAAUACAAGAGAUAAAUAUUUUAGUAGUUCCAUUUGGACCAUUCACUUAUCUAAAACCGAAUGGUGAGUGGGCAGGCGUCGACAUAGACCUCCUCGAAAUACUGUCAGAAUAUGCUGGCUUAACGAUGUCACAAAUGAACUUUACAAAAUGGAAUGGAAGCAGAAAAGAAGCAGUUCAAGAACUUUAUAGAAACGAUCGUUACCAUCUCGCUGUUGGUGCCAUCAUACCUCAUGCUUCGACUAAGGGCAUCAUAUACACUCGAUCAUAUUACGAUCUUCGCUUGGGAACGGUCAUUCUCAAACGUCAGCAAAACACUAAUUUGAUGUGGAGGUUCAUGGAACCGUUCCACUGGAGUGUAUGGCUAGCAACAGUUGCAGUUAUUAUAUUGGGCGGGAUCACAUCCAAGUGGCUCGAUCUUGCUCAGACUUAUGGAAAUGGUAUAUGGGUCGUCGUAUGCACAAUAUUCUUUGUUCAGGAAAAUCAAAUCGUUCGGAUGCGCAACCCAUUUGGUAGAAUUUUCAUCAUAUCUCUGUCGAUUUUCGUCCUCAUUUUCAUAUCUUACUACACCGCUAAUCUCGUAUCAUUUCUUUCUCCAAGCGACCGAUCUCAGACUGUCUUCGACCCUAAAGUAACAAACGUCAUGACGCUUGAUAGAGAAAGUUAUCACUGGCUGCAGUCGCAGAGAUUUUCCAACGUAAGCUAUGUGUCAACUGUGGAAGAUGGACUGAGAAAUCUAAGACAAGGCGAGGUUGAUGCGUUAAUUGCUGACAUUCCACGUCUUCGUCAGAUCGUUUUGCAAGCAGGACCUACGUGUGAUCUAUCAUUUUACAAUUAUAAAUUUCCUAAACAUCAAUAUGCUUUUGCCGUCAGAAAUGGUGCACCGUUGGAUACCGACAGUAUCAAUGGCGUCAUUGCUAACGUCGUACAGCUCAAUUUCACUGAAAACUCGUAUUACCGUCACCUCACACAGAACAAAACUGGUCUUUGUUGGGAAGAACUAGCUGCUGAGACAUCGGACAAUAGUGACAGUAUGUCGUCUUCAGAAUCGGAAAUAUCUCUGGGAGCCGAAAGCUUUGCUGGUGUUGCUCUGGUGGUACUCUGUGCAGCUGGUAUAAGUUUAGCAAUGAAGGGAAUGAUAAUUUUACGACAAUACAAUAAGAGCAGUAAAAUAGCUGUUACCACAACUAGAGACUAACAUUCUAAUGACUGUUAAAAUAAAGACAUAUUACU